AUACAAGUUUAAAAGAUGGUUUAUUUCACGAGUACAAGAAACAUGGGAAAGUGACGAUGGUCAAAGUCAUCGGACAAGGGACGGACCGCUAUGCAGUCGUUUGUUUUAAAAAGCCGGAGGACGUGGACAAGGCCCUUGAGGUGUCCAAGGACAAGCUGUUCUUCGGCUGCAAGAUCGAGGUGACGGCCCACGAAGGCCUGGACGCCGAGGACAACGAGUUCAGGCCGCUGGAGGCGGAGCUGGAUGAGUACCACCCCAAGGCCACCAGGACGCUCUUCAUCGGGAACCUGGAGAAGGACAUCACCACCAAUGAGCUCAGGAAACACUUCGACCAGUUCGGGGAAAUCAUCGAAAUCGACAUCAAGAAGCAGGGCUCCGCCACCUCCUAUGCGUUCAUCCAGUACUCAGACAUCGCCAGCGUGGUGAAGGCGAUGCGUAAACUGGACGGCGAGAACCUGGGUGCCAACCGGAUCAAGCUGGGCUUCGGCAAGAGCAUGCCCACCAACUGCGUGUGGCUGGACGGCAUCGUGGACACCAUCUCGGACAAGUUCCUCUCUCGCCACUUCAGCCGCUUCGGCGGGGUCACCUACACGGCCAUCGACAGGGAGAAGGGGCACGCCCUGGUCUUCUACGAGGCCGUGGAGUUCGCCCAGAUCGGAGUGUCCGAGAUGAGGGGCAGGAUCCUGCAGGGAAAGAAGUUGCAGGUGGACUUUGCCAGCAGAGAGUGCCAGACGACUUUCUUCGACAAGCUGGAGAUGACGGGUCAGAUGGUCCCCGGCGACGGCACGCGGCCCUGGGAGCGACGAGAGAGGCGGGGCCCCGAGUUCGAAGUCCUGAGGAGCGAUGAUCGGGAGCCGAGGGUCGGUUUCGAGAACCGCGUCUAUCCGAGGUACGAGGGCCAGACCAGGCCGGGGAGGGGCAAUUUCCGAGGGCAGCGCGCCGGCUUCCCCGGCCGGGGGAGGGGACAGAACUUCCCCAACCGCUACGAGGUGUACCACGACGAGUUUGGUGAGCGGAGGCACAGGUAUAACUCACGAGACGAAAGCACGGGAGAGGUGCCCCUGUUCGACGGGAAAAUCGAGCGGGUGAAGUACGGAGAGACGACGGACUGUCCGAACCGCAAGCGGAACAAACUGCGCAACAGCAUCAGCGACCAGGAGAGCCAUCCGAGCCAGUCCCCGCCGAGAUCCCGCCACCAGAGCCGGAGCACGAGCCCUGUCUCGAAGGAAAGGAAAUCGCUGAAGGACAGGGUGCAGCACAGGACGAAGAGCCCCGGGAGCCAGAACUCCUCCCUGGUCAGCAGCCCCUGCAGGGAGAGCAUCUCGGACGACAUAGAACUCAACUCCGACUACAGGGACUCUCGCGUCAAGAGCUCGGACUCUAAGGCAGACGACGCUCUGACGGACGCUUCCUACGCCUCCCCCCGCAGCGGCUCCGAGAAAGACGGACCGGAAAAGUUCCCCUCGAAACUGGAAUGCGACUCCUUCAGAUCUCGAAACUCCGUCGACUCCGAGACGGCGGACGAGGCCGAGGGGCUCGGACAGUCGGAGAGGAAGAAGCGCCUGCUGGGUUCCGCCAACAUCAAGGCCACGAAGGAGCUGAGCGUGCUGAUUUCCAAGUCGCUCUCCGACAAGGCCAAGCUGAAAAUUCCUGCCAACCUCCUGAAGGGCCGAGUGAACUGCCUGGUCGAGGGUUCCGUCGACGACUUCAGGAACAGCUUGGACGGUGUCGAUUCUGAACAGGAAUGUGCUAAAGACAAACUGCACCAGGGUGAAAACACGAAUACCGAACUGAAGUAUCUGCAAAAGAAACAAGUACAACUCCUGCAUCUGUUAGAACAGCUGCACGACAAUGUGAACUUGAGUGAUACCGAAGGCUCCAUAGAUGGAGAUAGACUGGUGCGCAAAAAGAACAGGUCGUCUUCGAUCUGUCUGGACGCGCUCGGAGAGGGCGACCUCGCCAAAUCCCUGACCAAAGACGAAGCCGCUUCGAAACUCCUGAAAGGGGGGAUCAAAGACCCCACCCUUCUCAAUAAACUCAAAAAGACUGACGGAGUUGACUGCAACAAUUGCAUCUCUCUGUCGUUGGACUCUUUUGUUUUCCGCAAGCACCUGGAUCCCAGGAAGGGAUUCGAUGCGGUUUCUGUGAAUGCGUUUCAGAAGUGUCGUAGGAUAUCUAUGGACAAUGAUACCUGUCUUCCUAACACGCAAGGGUCGAGCGAAGCUUUUUUAUGUUUGCCCGCCGAGGUGUCUUGGAAAAAGCAGACCAACGACAUUCACUUCUCCGAGAAUGACGACGUCUCCCUCUCGAUGUCUCACUCUAAAGACGACGAGGAAGUCUCGAGCAGCAAAAAAUCCCACCUCUCCAACUCGUCGUCCCAAUCGGACUCUAAGCCCUUUCUAUCUCUGAGGACAUUUUCAGAAGGAUCCUGUCAUGAAAUCAAAAGGGAGAGAGACAUAAGUCCCCUCUCUCUCCCUCUUCCUAAGUUUGCCGCCUCUCUGAGGUCCCCCAAAUCUUCUCCCAGUGUACAUACGUCUCCAAAGAGUACCUCAGCCCACAGCCCCCGAGCCGGUUUCUCGCCCUCCUACGCGUCCUCCAAGAACGUGCGGAUUCCGGACUUUCUCCACGAUAUCCCGAACGAGAAAAAGCUGAAAGAUCCUCUGCCCGAGGAAAAAGUCAAUGGUGCUAACGUUUCGCCCGUGGAUUCGGCGUCGCCCACCGAAUCUCGGCCGGCAGCAGAGAUCUCCGAUUCCGUGGCGAAUCUGGAGCCCAUCCAAUCUCCAAAAAUCAGUUUCGACAAACACAGAGAUUCCAUCAGUUCCUCCGAAUCAGACUUUUCACCGUCAUCAUCUCCGAGCCGUCCAUCUUUCGACGAUAGAAUCAAAGCGUUGGAUGAAAAGUUCAACGUGUGGUCCGGGUCGACGAGGACCCCGACCUCCGCGACUCUCCAAGAUUCGACGAAUCCUCCCGCUGCGGUGGAUGUCCCUAAAAGUCAAAUCAAGAGGUCGAGGUUCAAUUUCAUCUCCCCCGAAAUCCGGACCGAACCCUCGGACAUUGUCAAGUCUAUCCUCGCUAAAUCUACCAUAUUCGAUCAAGACUCGAAGCGUCUCCAGAAUAUAGACGAGAAGUAUGAACCUCUCAAUGUCAAAAUGGACUUGUCGCCGAAGGCGAAGCCGACUUUCAGAACGAAAGCGGCGGCGAAGGAAUUCUCCAUGCCCAUCGCACCCUCCCUUCAAACAUUCAGCCAACCGUUAUCUGUUAAAUCCAAUGCUGUGCUACUGUCUCAAGGGAUCAUCUCCCCUCCUACCACACCUCAGAGUGGUGCCGGCAGCCUUUUAUCCCCUAUAACACCGCCACUGCAACAGUUUGUUCAAACUCCUUCGACGGUUUUCACCCCAUGUUCACCCCUCGCAUCAUCAUUCAGCAUACCCUCGAGUAAUGUUAAAGUCGAAACCGUUAAAAUAGACACUAUUAAGGUAGAAAAAGAGUCCAGUGAACCAUCUCUGAAAUCUCCUAUUCUUUGCAAUUCCAUAAAACCUAAAGUGGAACCGACUGUACAGGUCAGCACUGCUUUAACGACCGGGAAAAGUUGUUCCUUGACGAGCCCCAUCACUAUCAGCGCCCCCAUAUUGCUUCCAAACAUCAAAAAAGAACCGUUAUCACCGACCAGCACGGUCGAUUCUGUUUGUACCUUGGACAUUGAUGCUAACGUUUCAAUAAAGAAAGAAAUUGAAACUGUGAACUCUGUAAAUAUUUCAACUCCAAAGGAUUGUUCCACAUCUGUCACCAAGGACUUUCCCCAGCUCGAUUCAGAAAUCGAAAAGAAAGAGUUUUGUGAUUCCAGGGAUCCGAGACUUUCGUUUCACGAGUCUAGAGUGCAAUGGACGGACAGUGACUGCAAAGAGGAUGGGAAAACACACACAGACGCCAGUGCCAAAUCAUUUAAUUCAAUGCCAUGUUCAGAUCCGUUGGAAACCUCUUUGCCUGCCCAGAAGAAACGCGUUUCGUCUGUCGACAGUAAUGAAUCCGAUUCCAGUAAAUCUUUAAAAUCUCUGGAUUCGAGCAGGGACAGCCACGAAACUACGUGGACUAGUAAGCAAGAUAAAACAAGUGAACCUGAAACAAAAAAGAUAAAGUUAAGUAAAAGUGUUAGAGAUAGGUCUUUAUCGCCUCCAUCUCAUCAAGGUUCAAAAAAGAGUGACAAAAAGGACAAAAUGCCUAAAAUUGAGAAAAAUAAAUCAUGUCUUUCAAAGUCAAACUCCUUAACAAACUCUGAAAAAUCAAAGACUGAUGCUAAGUGCAGUAGUAGUAGUAGUAGCAGUAAAACAGAGUGUAAAGACAAGCCUAAACUAGAACAUAAAAGUAAGGAAGAGAAGCGAUUUAAGUCUCGAGAGUCCAAAGAUUGCAGUUCCAAAAGUGAGCAGAAGAGUAAAUCUCGGGAACGAAGAAAUUCGGAUAAGGAAACUAAAAAUUCUCAUAGCAACCCCAACAAGCCCAAAAAAGAAAGUUCUUCUUCUUCUAAAAGUGAGAAGUCCUCUGAAAAGAAGCAAACAGAGAAAAAAUCUAGAUCAAAAAGUUCAAGUUCAAAUUUUGAUUUUGCAGCAUUUAUGGAUGAAGAGCCUGUGUAUUUUUCCAUGUAUGAUAAGGUGAAAGCAAGAUCUAAUAAAUCCCAGACUUUGAAACAGACUAAUGAUUUAGAAACGGUUAGGAAGAAAUUUAGCAAACUCAAACAAAGCAGAGCCAAACGAGAAGAGAAAUCAAAAUCUAUAGAUCAGGACAGUGAUAAAGAUUCCGACAGCUGCAGCCACCAUUCCAGUGAUUCAGACUCCCAAGCUAAAUCAGUUAAAGUCAAACAACAAAGGAAAAGAAAAUUGGUUAUCCAAAGCUCAUCUGAUGAUGAUACUAUUUCUCAAAAUAUGAGCAGUCACAUCAACAAAACAGAAAAAGACUUUAGUGAUUCUGCGACAGAUUCGGAAUUCGAAUACAAUGUGCCCCAAAGGCAGAUGAGUAGCGGUAAAUCGAGGAAGAAGAAAACUGAAAUACUUGAUAGCGACAGCUCUGACUCAGAUUUACAUUCGAGUCACAGCAAACUACAGUCGAGUAGCAGAAAGAAAAUGCACGGUCGUUCGAAACAAAGAUCAGAAAAAAGCAAGAAGAUUCUCAAGUCCGAUGAAGACAAUUCAGAAAUUGAUACCGGAACGAAAAAUAAGGAAAAGGAGUAUAAAACUAAAAAGAUGAAGAAGGAAAAGAAUUCCGAAAGAUCUGAGCAUGAAACAGCAGAAUGUGACAAGAAAAAUGGGGAGGAGCAGAAGAGUAUAAAAAAGAAACAUCUGAAGGAACUAAAAUUGGAAAGUGAUGUCUCAAUUAGUCAGAAAAAAGUGAAAACAGAGCAUACGUCUAAAGAAAGGAAUGUUUCUUCGAAAGAGAAAAAGCGUGAAAGCAGUGUAGAAAAAAUGCAAAUAGAUGAUUCUGAAAAACACAAGCCAUAUAGCAAGAAAAGAAAAAAGUCAAAGAAAAUGUCCAGAAAUAAAGAGAAGCGAAAUUCAGGUGAAAAAAUGUCGCACGACUCAUUGCGGAAGCAACAUGAUGAAAGCGACACGAAAUCUUCUCUACCUAUCCUUUUGUCACCUAAACCAUCUAGUCCUUUAGCAGAUAAGCCACUUUCGCCCCCUUGUUUGCAAGCUGGCAUUUUAUCGGACAAUGAUUUCAAGUCGGAUUUUUCAGACUUUGAUUUUGAACCACAGCCAGCUGAAGAAAUGGAUUUAAGUUCAGAUUUAUGGAAGCAGUUAGAGACGAAAUAUGAACCAAAUUCCGAAAAAUCCCCCAAAAAUAAAUGCAAGGAGUCCAACGUGUUGAAAGCACAUUCUGUUGUUUCACAGUCUCCCGAGCAAGAUUCGAGCUUACCUUCAUUUUUUGAUAAAUUGUCAGACAUCACUGAUUCCGAAACUGGCAAAGAACUUGCUGAUUGCCCUAGUGAUGUUCCUGGUGAUAGCCAGAAACAUCUUUCUUACUCUCCUAAAAAAGAAAAAGGAACAUAUCAAAGCACACCCUCUCAUAAAAGCAGGCAUGAGAAACAUGAUGAUCAAAGUUUGAGGCAGGAUUCAAACAAAUAUAGUGACGGGUACAGUUGUUCUUCAAAAGAAGAAAGGAGGAAAAAGAAAUCCAAGAAACAAAGUAAAGAUCGUAAAAAGAAAGUCAGAGAAGAAUUUAAUACUUCGAAAGAAGUUGCCGAUUCAGUUUCGGUGCCAUCUCCCAAGACAUCUCUGCUUGAAGCUUUACCUGGUGACGAGGACAGCAGAUUGUCUGACAUUCGAUUAGAUGAAGAAAUUGCUGAAGAAGCCAGGAGACUCGAAGAAGAACUUUUGGCAGCAUCUGAAGAAACAAGCACUUUUGGGGAUGACGGACCAGCUAAGAAGGAAGAAAAACUUCUGGAAAGGAGGUUUGAAGAAGAAGCUGCCAAAGAAACCAGGAGAUUAGAAGCUGAGCUGUUUUCAACUGGCAGAGAUUCUUGGCACAUGAAAGAGAAAGUUUAUGAUUCAGAAGUGAAUCCUGGUGAUUUGUGCGAGGAUAAGCACAUGAGCAGUACGGGGAAAGAAGACAACAUCUUUGCUGGUUUGGAUAUGCAUUCUUCUGUUAACGAAUCAUCUCAGAAUGACGGGGAUGUUUUUUUAUCAGGUCACUCUGAAACCGAUCCUUACAAAAUUGAUGAUAAAGAUGUUUCUAAUGAAAUUGAGGACCAGAGAAAAAUUGAAGAUGACCUUGCUGUAUCCGCUUUAUUACAAGAAAUGCAUUGUGGUGAAAUACCAGCUCCAGAAUUAACGAAGGAAACUGACUAUCUUGAUAUGGAAGGACACCCUGAAGACACAAUGAAUUACUUGCUGCCAGAUGAUGGAGAAAAUUCUUUGCACAUUGCCGAUAGUCCAUCAGAAGACCAAGGAAGCGAAGGACAUGAAGCAAAGCUUGAAUCUUCAGUCAUCAUGCUGUCUCCUUCGCCUAAUUCAGAACCACCUGCUUUAGAAAUCUCAAACCUAGAAGAUUCCGUAUUGAUGAAAAUCGAGAAUGUCAAUCAGCCAUGUUCUUCUGAAGCAUUGCAUUUGGAGUUGAUGUCUGAAAGUGCAAUAGUUAGGGACAAUAGAACAACUUGCUAUAAUUUUGAAGAACCUGCGCAUAGUGAAAGUAAACCACCUGUAAUAAACAUUCCAACUGCAUCAAAUACUUUAGAACAGACAGUGGAGCUGGUCUCUCCUAAAGUCGAUACAAAUAAAAUUCCUCAGAAGCGGCCGCUCAAUAAAUUUAGAAUGCCCUCAAAAGUUGACCUCAAUAAUCAAAGCAAUGAAGAAACGGACAAUGAAUCUAAUCCGGAUUUGGCCGAGAAUCAACUGACUCAUUUUGAGGAUAUAACGAUGGAUACAGCUGAUAGCAAAGAUGAUGAUAAUCCUCCUAUCCUUUUACCAGUUGAAUCUCCUCGAAAUCUUCUUUCAGUUACUGAGGCUAAAGAGAAAAUGGAACCUCUUUCCAAGGUUGAUGUCGAUAACAACCCAAGUCUUGAUAGCAUUAUUUGCAAAGCAAGUGCUUCUAGUGAAGGAGUUCUUGAACUGGAUAAACAGAUUGGCGAAAUUAUCAAUAGCAUUACAGAGUUCAAGAAACAGAAUUUAGAGAAUGGUGCAUACAGGAUUCAAGACUCUCAUGAAAGAACUGCCCUGUCUUUAAGUAUAUCAGAAUUGACUGAUACGGCUAGUAAUGACUCCCUUGGAAUGUCUGCUUCUGGAAUCUUCAAAACUUCUAAGCUUGAAGAGCAUGAAACUACUAGUUCAAUUUUUAAUGCCGCUACUGUCAUAAAACCUGUUGAGAAAUUGUUUCCACCAGUCGAGUAUAACGUUAACACCUUUUCUGACGAAAACAUCAGUGAUAAAUUUAAGUCAUGUAAAGAAAAGAGUAUUUCCGAAACGCCACUUCUAAAUUAUACAGAUGUUUUGAGUUCUUGUGAAACAAGCGUUAUUCAGUCACCUCGCAAAACAGAAGACUCAAAUCAAGUUGACCUCCCAGAUAAAAGGGAAGUACAUAACAAUGAACCUCAUACAGCUCAGACUGACACUACCAGUUUCCAAAAUCAAGAAUCAUCAGACAAUUUUCUACUGGAAUUGUUUGCUCCAAAAAGCGAUUCCAGUGAAAAAAUUCAGAAUGUUUCUGUAUCUGAUGCGCCCAAAAACAAUUCUAGUUUUGAAUGCAGUGUUGCAGAACUGAAAAAGAAAAUUGAAAGUGAAAUUACACCUCCAGAAAUUAAUCUACAUCCAGAAAUAACUCCAUUAUUCGAGAUCCCAGAGGUUAAUGAGCAAAAUGAAGCAACUGAAUUCAAUCAAGAACUGUUUGAGCCCACUUCAGAUACGUCUAAGGACUCUAAAAUUCCCCCUCUGUUGAACUUCAGCUCUCAGCAACUGUUUAAUGAUGACACGUCACAGAAAAAGGUCCCCAGUGAUAUGACUGUUUUCAGUCCCGAAAAGUUAUUCCCCACUGUUUCGGUAACUCCAGAUUACAAGCCGAGUGUGGCCGAAAACUCUCAAAACAACAAUCUAUCAUUUUGCUCUUCUUAUUUCAAUGAUUCUGAAAAAGUACCAGACGAAAAUCUGUCUAUUUUUAGAGAAAAGAAUUGUGAAGAUCUCAAGGAAAGUAGCUUAAAUAUAGAAGACAAUUUGUGCAAUAAAUCUCGACCAGGAGAUGCUGAAUCCGUCUGCAGUGACACGACUGAUAUUACAAUUCCAGAUACAAAAGUAGAAGUUGAAGUUAACCAAGCAGCGUCCAGUGAGGAACCUAACAUCGAGGACACAAGUACCGCAGAAGAACCACAGCUACCUGUAGAAAAUAAAGUAGAACGUCCCAAAAGAGGGCGACGACCCAACACCAGGAAAUUCUCUGAAUCGGCUGUUCAAAAACAAGAUGCACAUAAUGAGUCUACAGCUACUGCAACACCUCAUGGGAGGAAUGCCAGAAGCCAUGCUCGUGCUGCUGCGGAAAAAACAACAAGGCGUUCGCUGCGAAGCAAUGCUUCCGAGGCAGCUGUUGUGCGAGAUCCACUCGAAAACAAAAACGAAGAAGUCAGUCACUCCGAGAAUGAAGAUCACAAAAAAGAUCCAGCAAGUAGUAGUGACAUGGCAUUGGUAUCGGAAACGGAUUCCGGUCACGGGAUAGGAGAAAGUAAGGGUGCAGAGAAAUCUCUCUCUGGCAAAAACGAAGAACCAAAGAGAAGGAGAGGCAGGAGGAAGAAAGUCCCUAGUCCACAACCACCUUUGGACAAACUUGAACACAAGUCUGAAGAAGUAGUCAUUUCUAAGGAUUACCAUCGUCCCAAAGAAUCCCGUUUCUGGGCAUCGUCAGCUGUAGAAAAAGAGCAAAAAAAUAAAAAGGAUGAUGCGCUUGAUAUUUUUGAAUUUAGAGAAGAAGAUGAAGAAGAUCUGAAAUUCGAAAUCGUUAAAGAAAGGCUUCAUGAUAACACCAGAGGAAGCGUAUCGGCAAUCGAUCAAAAGCAUGAUAAACAUGAUUUGAAAGGCUAUCAUCAUGAAAAUAGUAGCAAAGUAGCCGCUUUGCCACUCGAUUUGAAGCAUGAGAAGCAUGAUAAGCGUGAGACAAAAGAGCGUACUCAUGAAACAGCUAAGAUUAGCUCGUUUUCAGUCGAUGUAAAACAUGAAAAACAUGAGAUGAAAGAACGUUUUAAUGAAAAUAUCAAGGUAAAUCCUUCUAUUGAUGCGAAACAUGAAAAAAGUGAUGCUAAAGAAUGGCUGCACGAAAGCAGUCGAAGCUCUAUGGAAGCACGGAGUUCGAAAGAAGCAGUUGCCGAACAAAAGCACGAGAAACAUAACAAACAUGAAUCCAAAAGUUCUAUUUUAUCUGAGAAAGAACGAAAAAUUGAUGAACCGAAAGCAAAAUCCCACGCAAAAGAUGAAGAUAAAGAUAACACACCUAAAGAAAGUCAUGCUGAAGCUAAUCCAAAAGGAAAGCUUUUGAUUACGCUGAGGUUGCAUCCAAAAAAUGGACACGAUGGCAAUUCUGAAUGUACAUUUGAAGUUGUCAAAAGAUCAGACCCUUAUAAUAUCGAUGAUGCCAAACCGGAAACCAAAGCCGAGAAAGCGACGUCUUCCAAGCAGGAAGUAUCUGCUCCAGAAGCUACUCACAGUGGACCUAGAAAGUCUCCCAGACUUGCAAAUCAAGCACUGCGGUCUACUCAUGCCGAAGAGUCAUCCAAAGGCAAUUCCAAAAACUCACGUAAUAAAACGGGUCCCAGAAGAGGGAUACAGAGACCCCGAUCCAGCCGACACAGUGAAGAAAUGAUAGCAACGACUUCUGAAAAUUCUGAAGAUAACUCUGAUUGUAAAAACAAAAAUGAGCCCAUGUUUGUAAUUUUGGAUAAUGAUGUCAAUGACAUCAAGGAUGUUGCUGAAAAUAAGAAGAAUAUAUCCUAUUCAUCACAAGAAACUACAGCAAAUGCUGAAGUUCCCACUCCUAAGUCAAGUAAAGUUCCGGACAGAGUCGCGUCUUUAAGAUCGUAUCGCAAGCCACAAUCUAACACCAACAAGCCUGAGACUUCCAAAGAUUCUCUUCUUGCUACACCUUCAGAUCACGAGCAAGCCGAGAAAGAGAGCAGUCAUGAUGAAAAAUCAGAUCCCAUCCCACCCAAAGAAUGUAGACAACUGAAAAAUGAGCAGAAAGUGUCCCAGGAUACUUCCUUCCCCAAAGUUGAACUUUCCCGAUUGCCCAAAGCUGAACUGCAAAAAGUGGUUUUUCCCAUCGGACGAACUCCUUCGAAUGAAGAAGAUAAUGAAUCGGGAUCUAGCCCCAUUGCUCGUAUUGAGAGUUAUAAAGACUUACCCUCUGCUGUCCCCAAAAAUGAUCCCUUUGCAGAAACUUCUAGUGUUAGCCUUAAAAUAGAUGAUGCAGUUAUUAAUAAUCCUGAAUCCAGUUCAACAGAAGUUGCGACACCAAUCAGCCUGAUUCCUAAAACUACCAUCGAACCUGUAGCUGUGUCGUCCGUCAUUCAGGAGAGUUCCAAAAUCCAAAGCUCUUUUGCAAAAGAAAAUCCUGUUGUAGAAGGAUCCAAUCCUGUUCAAAAAUUACAGUCGAAGUUAUUACCUACCCCCACGAGAGAGAACACAUGCAUAACUAAAGAAAACCGCAAGCUCGUUGAACCCGUGAAGCCUCAAGUGAAAAAGGAUGCUAGUGCGGCAGUUGGGGUAGUGACUAUGGCGAGUUCUGUUACUGUGCCACCAGCACUUCCUAUUUGCAGUGAACCUUCCAUGAUUAUCAACCCACAUGGGCAUGCUCCUGCCCUUGCUGUUCAUACUACGAGCGCUGAUAGCAUGCCACAGAAGAUAGUGACUUGUCAAAGCUCUCAUGUCCCCAGUCUUGUUCACAGUUACCAGGCUCCAGCCAAGGUCAUUGGAAGUGUCGUGACUCCCUCAUCUUCUGUGCAGGUUGCAUCUUUGCCUUCAAAUGCACAAACCAAAUGCUCAAAUCCAUCUAAUGCUACUCCACCAACUAUAUCAGAGCUUCCUAUCGAGUGUAGUGCUUCAUCCAUAUUACCUCAUGCGUCUACUAACAUCAGCUGCAAACCCGUUUCAUUGAUCACUCCCGCAACUUCCGAACAUUCCAUCAUCUCUGCCACCAAGCAAGAUGUGCGCGUGAGAUCAUCGCCCAACCCCCCUGUCGCUUGGCCGGGUUCUAAAGUUCCUUCUAGCAGAGUGGCAGAUGCACAUGUCCACGUGAGCACCAUUCAGAACAACGCCAUCAGCAAUCCCACUCCCACCGCCAAAUCGGAAACGAGGUCCUCGAAAGUGAACCAUUCUCUGGUGAAGCCGAUCAAUGCCUCCCAGCCAGCCUUUCCCACUUCCAAAUAUGAAGCAUCUGUGUUAUCCAAUGCCCAUGGCAUCGCACUCGCCUCUAACAGCGGAGGUGGUGUCAUCGCAGAGCUGCUUCAAAAUCCUCAACUACUGCAGCAACAGCACAAGGAAUACUGUGCUUCUUCUUCUGGUGUGCAAUUACAGGACAGAAUUCAAUCUCAGAUGGUGCGAGCAACCACCCCUUCUUCCAUUCCAUCCGACCUGGCGAUCCGAUUCGCGAACCCCACUCCUCCGGACACGCCCACUCCUCCCAUCGCAUCUUCGAACCUCACUCUGCCGCCUGUGGACAUUCAUUCGCCUCAUGUCGGCUCUGCUCUACAUCUACAACAUUCUCCGCAGUCAUCUCUGAUCGUUCCGCAGCAUCAUAAUCUCGGACUUCAUCCCAAUGUAAAUGCAUACGUUCAUCAACAGCUCAUGUUCGCUAAUUUCGCGGCCAUUCAUCCGGACUUCAGAGCGCAGGAGACGCAGGCGAGGGCGGCGAUGAUCGGCAUGAAUCCCCGCGUCGGCUAUUCUGCAAUACAUCCCACCGCCGUCCCUCCCAACAGUUUCAGGCCCCCAUCGGACCACCGGUUGCAACAACCCUUGAUCGAUGCGAAAUCGGAUCCAAAACUGAAUGAUUUGUCUAAGAUCCACGAAAACAGGAUCAUCGAGGAAAAGCCUUAUUCCAUGAAAUCGAGUAAAAAAGACGAUGCGAGCAUCAAGAUCAUCGAUCCGGAAAGCAGGGAGGAGGACGUGCGUCGCAUCUCUACACGUGAGAAGAACACAUCUUCUGCGAUCACCCCUCGCAGCUUGCGUCAGCAAGCGCACUACUCGUCGAGUCCCAGGCCGACCAUCUCUCCUCAUGACAGGACUACAGAGUCCCCCGGCAUCACGAACCUCUACGCUGCCGGCAGGGACCACAAACAAGAUAAUCUCGGUAGUCUAUCGCUACAUCACUUCAAGGGCAAUCCUCAACCGGCUCACCAGGCGCCGCCCUCGACCAUUCCGUUUCACACCCUGGACUCUGCAGUGCUCCCGGGAUCCAGGCUCGGGGUCUUGCCUCCGACCGCCGGCCACCUGGACGGUCGAUCCUCGAACCCGGCCCCCUCCCCGAGCUCCCUGGCUUUCAAGAAGGACUUGUCCCACUCCCAGCAAAUGUCAUCUCUGCAUAAUCCUGCCAGCGACAAGAGGGCGUACUCCGAGCACUCGAAAAACGUCCUCGCGAGGACGAUACCCCACCAGGGCUCGUCCAUCUCUCCGGAUCCGAGGAUGGGGCCGGCCCAGUCUCCGGUCUCCUGGUCGGCGGUGAUCCAGUCUCACAACUCUCAUCCCUCUCUCACCCAGUCACCGCACGUCCUGAUGUCGGCGAACGAACCGUCGAGUCGGCGGUCCAACCCCCAUCUGCCUUCCCAGAUGGGCUCGGAUGUCCCGAUCAACGUUCCUCCUCCCGCCCAUGCCAUGUCUCAACCGACUAGCGUCCCUCGUCUGCCCCAGACGCCGCCCCAGGCGAGCCAAGUGGAUGCUUACCUCUAUCAGCGAUAUCCAGUCAUGUGGCAAGGAAUUCUGGCCUUGAAGAAUGAUCAGGCUGCAGUUCAGAUGCACUUUGUCUCAGGAAAUCCUAACGUUGCGAAAGCAUCCUUGCCACCUCCUGACGGAGAAUCUUCGGUACGAAUAGCACAGAGAAUGAGGCUGGAACCUCAGCAACUGGAUGGUGUCUACAGGAAAAUACAGAUUUCAGAAGAGCAUUGUAUUCUAAUGGCAUUACCAUGUGGAAAAGACCAAAAUGAAGUUCCAUUGCAAUCCAACAACUUAAAAACGGGCUUCAUCAACUACUUACAGAGUAAACAAGCAGCUGGGAUUGUGAAUGCUCCUGCUCCUGGCUUUCAAAAUCCUGCUUAUGUGAUCCAUAUAUUCCCGCCCUGCGAGUUCAUCGACUCGAACAUGGCCAGGAUAGCUCCGGACCUGCUGCAAAUCGCGUGUGAGAUUGCGCACCUCGUGAUUAUCAUAGCUACCGUGUGAAAUGUUUCUAUAUCGAGAUAGUUAUUUCGCUGUUGAAUUCCGUCGCCCGCUCGGCGGCAAUCUCGCUUCGAGCGACGCCGGCUCGAAAAAAAUUGUGAUCUCUUCGAAGGGCCGAUCCAUGAGGAUCGCCCUCGAAUACCCGGCACACACAUUGUGUCUGAAAUAGUGAGCGAGUUCUCUUGUUAGUUGACUGAGGUACUGGAAAUUCUACCUGUGUGCAUGGGAGUGUGUGUGUGUGCAUGCGUGCGUAUGAGUGUUCCUUUUCUAACUAUGUUGAUAUGUAAAAAAAAUAUAAAAAUGAUAGCUCAUGACAGCAAGAAAAAAAGAUUAAAAAAAUUAAAAAAGAAGAAAAAAAAAUCUCCAACAAAGUCAUCUUUUUUGAGAUUUCUUUUACAAGAUACUUAAUGUUUUAAGGGGCGUGGAGAUACAUUAAAAAAUGUUGUAUUUUGUGGUUUUAAAAGCUGUUAUAUCUGUUCCACUAAAAGCUCUUAUCAGUUAUGACUCAAUGCCGAGGUUGUACAUAGCAAUAUUGGUCUAGGAAGGAUGUUUUACUCACUCGAAAAAGUCUAACUGGGGCAUCGGCCGUUCUAAGAACGCGAAGGAACGGCGAAUUGUUACACUGUACAAAGAUCCUGCAUCCGUGUCAUUGAAACUCGAUGCAGGUCAUGUUUUUGUUUUCUCCCAUCUGUGUUAAAAUUAGUCCACUCUCUGUACAGAACCAUCUGUUCAUCUGUGUUUUCUCAUCGCCGUGGUCCCGAAACCAUAUUGUAAAAAGUAUUCAUUGUGUUAUACAUUUUUUUUCCUCUUCAUCCUCCGAUAUAUGAGUGAUCGUCAUCUGUUCUCGGGGCCACGAGGCUGUACAUUAUGUAAAUAUGUAAAUGUUUUAGUGACUUGUACAUUCAAAAAACAUAGCUAUUAACCCCAUAGGACUAUUAGUGAUAUGGACUCUACAACUGCCCAGAUGAUUGCUUUCAAAGUAAAAAAAAAAAUGUUUAAAAAAUCAUAUACAACUGUACAUGAAUUAGCUUUGCCCAACUGUAAUUAAUAUCCCUCAUCAUUGUAAAAUACUUAUACAUAAACAUAUAAAUACAUAUAAAUAUAUCUAAAUGCAUAGAUAUAUAUAUUAAAAAGUGUGAGGUGUGUUGCUCUUGACCUGCUUCAACUAAAAAUAUGAAUAAAUUGAGCUUAAUGAAUACUUGGUUUAUAUGGAUGUCUUAGAGUCCAUGUAAUAAGCAGGAGCAGGCAAGCGCAGCACACUGUGGCUGUAAAUUUCUGUUUUUGUUCUGUUUUCCAUUUUGUACAGGCACAGGUUAACGGAUGCUGCAGUGGGCGGCAUCUCUUCAUGGCAUCUGUUUCCCAUAUUUGCUCAAAGGCCAUCACUGCAAAGAGUACCAGCAGAUAUUUUCACUUCUUUCAUUGUGAUUUCCACCAAGUUCAGCUGCUCUAUUUUUGAUGUGAAAAAAGAAAAAAUAAAUAAAAAUUCUCAAGUGUCUAUAUUUUGUGUCCGGGCAGUCCAAUUAUUGUAAAUAUUCCAAAGGGGCUGCCCUGAUUAAAAAUUGUUUUUUUCUGCUGAAGCACUCGAAACAGUGAGUUAAGUUAUUCGUAAAGUCAGUAAACAACUAUCACUACAA